AAGAGGAGAGGACCAGACACAAAGCAGUGUUCUUUUUUUGCCUUUUGCUGCCGAAUAUGUGUUUCAGCUUGGUGAUGCUGCUCCUCUGUCUCUCCCAAACAGAGUUGGCGAGAGUUUGGACUCAACAGCAAAGAGACAAUUGGUACAGUGUGAUCUCACAGCAGCAUGAAAGGUCAACUACAGAUGACAGCCAUGCUCACAGAACCCGGAGGUCAUCUUCAGGCCAUGCCAGGAUAGGCGGAGCAGUCCUGGGUGGAGAGCUAAUCAUUGACACCCUGCCAGAUAACAAGACACGCGUAGUGGAGGAUUCCCGCAAGUAUUACACAUGGCGUAGCUUUGGCCCUGAAGACCACCGCACACAGGAACUAUGGGUAGACAUGAGUGACAUCCGACAUGGCCAAGUCAGAGUCCAUGUCAUUCUGUCAAAUACAUACCAACAGGCUGUGAGGGUUGCCCUGUCAUUUGACUUUCCCUUUUAUGGACAUUACUUGAGGCAGAUUACCAUAGCAACAGGAGGGUUUAUCUUCACAGGGGAUAUUAUUCACCGUAUGCUGACCGCAACACAGUACAUCGCCCCUCUAAUGGCUAAUUUUGACCCCAGCUACUCCAAAGAAUCCACGGUGCAAUACCUUGAUAAUGGUGAGGUGUUUGUGGUCCAGUGGGAGCGAGUCAGACUCUUAGGUAGAGAGUCAGAAGGAGCCUUUACCUUUCAGACAGCGCUUUACAAAACAGGGGCCAUCACGUUCAGCUACCGAGAUAUACCGUUGUCAUUAGAUGUGAUCAGUUCAGCUGAGCAUCCGAUGAAGGUGGGUUUGUCUGACGCCUUCAUGGUCACCUCACCCUCUUCUCAAUCACAAGAUGCCCAACAGCGGACGAUUUACGAAUAUCACAGGGCAGAGAUAAACACCACAAAGAUAACCAACUACUCUGCUGUUGAGUUCACUCCACUGCCUACCUGCCUGCAACAUGAGAGCUGUGAGCUCUGCCUCUCAUCAAACCAAACUUCUGGCUGUAGUUGGUGCAAUGUACUCCAAAGGUGUUCAGAUGGCAUGGACAGACACAGACAGGAAUGGUUGGACUAUGCCUGUUCAGAAGAGAGCAAAGAUGCAACCUGUGACGAUUACUCCAUGGGUGACAGCACCAUCGACUCCUCUAUCACACCAGAGAUCGAGGAUGUGACCUCUUUGACUCCACAGAAUGGGUGUGAAACUGAUGAUUACACCAAACAUCAUAUAUUCAACACUGGCAGUGAUGUGAAGACAGAUUCUACAACCAAGACUGAAGGGUUAGCUAACACGGGAGUGAUAGCGGGUGUAGCAGCUGCUCUGGUGUUACUCUUAGCUCUGAUAGUAGUAGCCCUUUACAUCAACUACCAUCCCACUGCUGCAUCGCCACUUUACCUCAACCAGCGACGCAAGCACUACUGGCCCUCCUUUAAGUUUCAGAAGCAACAACCUGGUUACACAGAAGUAGAGGGUGAAGGCCACGAGAAGGACAGCAUUGUUGAAGCGGGGCCAUGUUGAAACAGGAACGGAAACGUGGAUAAGCAAGAUAUUUGCAUUGGACUGAAUUCUUCAAACAUUAAUUUACAUUUCCCAAAGCAGUUUAACUUCAACAUUCAGUUUUGUUUUUCAAGCAGUUCAUCAUUCCAUAAUGGGACAGUGUUGCGGCAGUUUUGGUAUAUUAUAGCUGAAUGUUAUAUGAUGUUAAAUGAUUUCAUUUGAAAUUGCUAUCUCUG